AGUGUCCGCCGACCCGGCCGGCCCAGGCCCGCGCCCGCCGCGGCCCUGAGAGGCCCCGACAGGCCCCGGCCCGGCGGCGGCAGCGGCCAUGGCCGGGGGGCCGGGCCCGGGAGAGCCAGCAGCCCCCGGCGCCCAGCACUUCUUGUACGAGGUGCCGCCCUGGGUCAUGUGCCGCUUCUACAAAGUGAUGGACGCCCUGGAGCCCGCCGACUGGUGCCAGUUCGCCGCCCUGAUCGUGCGCGACCAGACCGAGCUGCGGCUGUGCGAGCGCUCCGGGCAGCGCACGGCCAGCGUCCUGUGGCCCUGGAUCAACCGCAACGCCCGUGUGGCCGACCUCGUGCACAUCCUCACGCACCUGCAACUGCUCCGCGCGCGGGACAUCAUCACAGCCUGGCACCCUCCCGCCCCGCUACCGUCCCCAAGCACCUCUGCCCCGAGGCCCAGCAGCAUCCCUGCACCCGCGGAGGCGGAGGCCUGGAGCCCCCGGAAGUUGCCAUCCUCAGCCUCCACCCUCCUCUCCCCAGCUUUUCCAGGUUCCCAAACCCAUUCAGGGCCUGAGCUCGGCCUGGUCCACAGCCCGGCUUCCCUGCGGCCUCCACCGCCAUCUCCAGCCUCUUCCUCUACCAAGCUAGGCCCAGAGAGCUCAGUGGCCCUCCUGCGGGGAGCCCACCCCUCUCCAUUCUGCUGGCCCCUCUGUGAGAUUUCCCAGGGCACCCACGACUUCUCAGAGGAGCUGAAGAUCGGGGAGGGUGGCUUUGGGUGCGUGUACCGGGCGGUGAUGAGGAACACAGUGUAUGCUGUGAAGAGGCUGAAGGAGGAUGCGGACCUGGAGUGGAGUGCGGUGAGGCAGAGCUUCCUGACUGAGGUGGAGCAGCUGUCCAGGUUUCGUCACCCGAACAUUGUGGACUUUGCCGGCUACUGUGCUGAGAAUGGCUUCUACUGCCUUGUGUACGGCUUCCUGCCCAACGGCUCCCUGGAGGACCGUCUCCACUGCCAGACCCAGGCCUGCCCGCCUCUCUCCUGGCCUCAGCGACUGGACAUCCUUCUGGGUACAGCGCGGGCAAUUCAGUUUCUACAUCAGGACAGCCCCAGCCUCAUCCAUGGAGACAUCAAGAGUUCCAACGUCCUUCUGGAUGAGAGGCUGACACCCAAGCUGGGAGACUUUGGUCUGGCCCGGUUCAGCCGCUUUGCGGGGGCCAGCCCCAGCCAGAGCAGCACGGUGGCCCGGACGCGGACGGUGCGGGGCACCCUGGCCUACCUACCUGAGGAGUACAUCAAGACGGGAAGGCUGUCUGUGGACACGGACACCUUCAGCUUCGGGGUGGUAGUGCUAGAGACCCUGGCUGGCCAGAGAGCUGUGAAGACACAGGGGGCCAGGACCAAGUAUCUGAAGGAUCUUGUGGAAGAGGAGGCCGAGGAAGCUGGAGUGGCCCUGAGAAGCAGCCAGACCGCACUGCAAGCAGCCCAGGCUGCGGACGCUUGGGCCACGCCCAUCGCUAUCCAGAUUUACAAGAAGCACCUGGACCCCAGGCCGGGGCCCUGCCCACCUGAGCUGGGCCUGGACCUGGGCCAGCUGGCGUGCUACUGCCUGCACCGCCGGGCCAAGAGGAGGCCUCCUAUGACCCAGGUGUAUGAGAGGCUGGAGAAGCUGCAGGCAGCAGUGGCAGGGCUGCCCGGGCAACCAGAGGCUGCCAGCUGCGUCCUCCCUUCCCCGCAGGAGAACUCCUACGUGUCCAGCACUGGCAGUGCCCACAGUGGGGCUGCCCCAUUGCAGCCCCUGGCAGCACCAUCAGGAGCCAGCGCCCGGGCAGCAGAGCAGCUCCAGAGAGGCCCCAACCAGCCCGUGGAGAGCGACGAGAGCCUAUGUGGCCUCUCUGCCACCCUGCGUUCCUGGCACUUGACUCCGAGCUGCCCUUUGGGCCCGGCACCCCUCGGGGAGGCCGGCUGUCCUCAGGGGGACACGGCAGGAGAAUUGAGCUGGGGAAGUGGCCCAGUGUUCCAAACUGCAGCCACGGAAGGACUGGCCCUGGGCUGCUCUGCGUCGUCGUCAUCAGAGCCACCGCAGAUUAUCAUCAACCCUGCCCGACAGAAGAUGGUCCAGAAGCUGGCCCUGUACGAGGACGGGGCCCUAGACAGCCUGCAGCUGCUGUCAUCCAGCUCCUUCCCAGGCUUGGGCCUGGACCAGGACAGGCAGGGGCCCGAAGAAAGUGAUGAAUUUCAGAGCUGAAUUAUUCACCUGGGCAGAUUCCCCACAUCCGGAAGUCAAAGUUCUCAUGGUCAGAAGUUCUCAUGGUGCGCAAGUCCUCAGCACUCUGCAGGCAGUGGGGGCGGGGGCCCUGCUGUUCUAGGGUCAGUGGGCACAGGCAGGCAGAGUGGAACCCUGCUUCUACACCACCAUCUGGGGGCAAGGAAGGCUGGCAUCACCCAGUGGAGGGUGGUGCAGACCCACAAGGGGAGGAGAGGGGCUGCUGCACAGGGGCAUGGAGCAGGGAGCUGGCUCCCGAGAGCCAGGCAGGGCAUCUGCAGCCCAGCCCUCCGGCAGCAGCGCUUUGCCCAUCUCUUUGGACUUCGCUGAAAGCCUGCGGCAGUGGCCACCCUGCACAGCAGAGCUGAUGAGGCCUAGGGCCCUCCUACUGCUUACAGUUUGGAAAAGUGCAGCCGGGUGCGGUGGCUCACGCCUGUAAUCCUAGCACUUUGGGAGGCCAAGGCAGGAGGAUUGCUUGAGCCCAAUAGGUCAAGACCAGCCAGGCUAACAUGAUGAGACCCUGUCGCAACAAAAAAAAUUUUUAA